ACUAUACCUGUAAUUAUUGCUUUUUCAGGUGGUAGUACGGAUUCUUGACCUGUACGGUAAUCUUGGAUAAUAUUAAAAUGGCAAACGUAAAGGAAAUUAUUAACGAUAAAAUCGCCAAAAAGAAAGUGAUGGUAUUUUCUAAGCCAGGCUGUCCUUUUUGUGUAAUGGCUAAGAACGUUUUGGAGAAGUAUGUGGGUAAGGGACAAAUAAUCGAACCUGAAGAUUACGAGGUAUGGGAAAUCAACAAAGAUCCCAACUGCGGUCAGAUACAGGGGGAGUUGGCGGAAAUGACUGGAGCACGAACGGUACCCCGUGUGUUCAUCAAUGGUACAUGUAUCGGCGGUGGAACUGAAACUCGAGCUCUGGAUAGUAGCAAACAGCUAGUAGAAAUGCUCAAGAAAUCAACAGCACAAAAAAUACAGCAGAAGCAGUUUUAGACCAUUCCUGUAAUCCACAACAUCUAAGAAUCUACAAACAGCGGAAGUGUGAAAUCCGUGGGAAGGCUGGGGUUGUGUGUUCCUGCAUUUUGAUGAUGUUUGAUGACUGAUACGCAAAUCCAAUUACGUUGCUAAUAUAAUAUUAUAAACGAAAUCAUCACUGACAUGUUAACUGUUAGACUAAGAUUGAUUGUUUUCCAUCCUAUUAACAUUUUAUGAUCAUUUUCGAUAAAACUGUGUGUAUGUAAUCUUAAAAAAAGCAUACUUGUAUGCCACAUCUGUUUUUGUUUAUAUUUUAGUAAACUGAUAUACUGUGUUACUACUGUCAUGUAUACAAUUUACAUCGAGCCUGCAACGUCGCAUGCUUGCUAUCUGUUUAUGAGUAAUUAAUUACUUAAAUGUUUGUUUCUUAAUGAAAAGUACAAAAGGUGUUAUUGUUUUUGCCUCCCUUCUUCUAUUACAUCUUCGUGAUAAUUACAGGUUAUCAUAAAGAAGACAACUCUUUAAAACUUAAGGUGAUACGUUAGGACCAACGCGUGAUCCCUUCGAUCCCCACACAUGAACGUUCUUACCACGUCAUUUUGACAAAAUAAAAGCUAGAGAUAUGUAACAAAUCUUGUGAGGGCUUCUCAUGAUGCUAAAGACAUGUAUUAAGUUCAAAGGCAUUUGACUUAAUAGUUUUAGAAGAAAAAAAACUAGCUUAAAUGCUCAGGGUUGUGUAACGCUGCGCGUGUUUUACGUAAAGUUUCUGUGGGGAAUUUUUUUUUGCUCAAAUUCUGUUUUUCGAGUAUUUAUUUAUUUGUUUAGCUCAAGUCCACUUAAUUGAGGAAUAAGCGAAAUCCAGAUUCUGUUUCUUCUUUUAUUCAGUUUCCAACAACAAUAUAUGGAUGUCCACAUAAUAACAAUAAUUUCUAUAAACACAAUUAAAUUAAUCAAAACUUUGUAAUUAUCUAGUCAGAUAUCUCGACAUGAAACCUUCUUAUUUCGUAGGUAAAAUUCUUCUAAUUUCUGUCAUCAUUGACUUUUUAUGAGGUUCAUGACAACAAUAAAAUUAACCAAUGAUAUUGCAGGAAACCUACAUGUCCCCUAGCAACAAAUCUCGCAUACCGCGAUACCUAGUGAGAUUUCACGCGAUUUCACGUGACCAGGGACCACUGUCCUUGCGUGUCAAAAGAUUAUUAUCUCAUAAACAGAUAUUAAGAUUAUAUAAUAAAAUGCAAUAAGACGUAUAAUAGCAAUUAGUUUGUCACUGCAAGAUCUUAAUAACGUUUAGUAAGAAAUAAAACAUUUUUAUAACGACA